GGUGGGUCUGCAGUGCAUUAGUUGGGUUGGAGGAAAUAUUUGGGAAUUUAAAGAGGGGGUUUCGCCAGAAAAGAGGAGGGUUUGCUAGAAAAGGGGGGUUCUCCCGAACCAUAACCCCCCCACCUAAUACGGGCCUGAAAUAUGCCUCAAUAAAAUGUAUAUGAAUUGUAUGUACUCUGAAUGACAGUAUUUGCAUUACACGCAGGAGGCCUACUAUAGUAAAGGCGUGUAGUAGCAAUUCAGUGCAAAUAUUGAGUUUCAGGAAACGAUUACAUUUAAAUCAAUAGGUUGAAAGGUUGCUCGAUUUAUGACCAUUAAAAGAACAUUUUAUUUGAUUUACACUCACAAAAAUAUUGUUGGAUUAUAGCAGUAACAUAUAUAUCAUGUCUAUUAAAUAAUAGACUUACAGUAGCUUGAGCAAAACAUAAUUUUUUUGGCCUUACAAUGAUUAUGAUGAUGAUGAUGAUAAUCUUACUGGGUUUCUGUCUCGUAAAACCGGCACUGUCAGUGUAAGCCGCUUUGCAAAAUACUGGGUGAAUGUUCCAUGUAUUUUAUCGGGCCGAGCAAUGUACGUACGCCUAUAAAUUUAAAAACAAAUUUCACGUAUCCUACAGUACAUUGUUAUUAUUGACACUGUUGGCAACUUGAUAACGUUUCGCGGUACAGCCGGAAUGUUGUGUGGAUAGCAAGGGGUGGUUAAGGCACUAGCAUUGUUGUUUGAACUACCUUGUCCAAAACUGUGUCAAUAUCGUUGAUUUACUUUAUGUAUUCUGGCAAAGUCUAAAGUUAACACAUGACUUCAAACCAUAGAUGAAACAAGCACGGUGGCGUGGAAACGGGGAGUAAAAUAUAUUAAUAUUAUAUUAUUAUAUUCACUAACGACAGACACUACGUAUAACACAUUUGUAUGACGUCACUUGUCGAACCCACCACUAGACAUUACUGUAUAUUGUAUGUACCUUUUGGACACAUCUGAAACACACACCUACUGCAGGCUGAACUACUGUAGGCAUACAUGUUCGUAUGAUUAUCCAUGGCAGCCUACACCCCGUCCGAGCUACCUAUCUGGUACAACAGGUAUUUCGUUGCUCGUGAGAAUCAACGUCGGUACGAAAUCGAAAUUAACAACUUGAGAAAAGAACUCAUUCCAUCAUACCAACAUACACUUUCAAGGAGUUUAGAACAGUACAAAAAAGAACUUACGACAGGGAGGUUCACAGUCAGCAGCCACAACGAUCGUAUAGAAAGGCAAAAGGCACCGGAAGGAACCGUAGUCAAAAGUAAUAAUAACUGUAAACCGGUUGAUGGUUUAAGACCAAACAUAUCGUGCUCGACAGAGUCGAGCAAAACUCAUGCUCGUCCACCGAAAAUAGUAUUCCCUCCAAUAGAAGAAACUUUCACUUAUUUAUCCAACAAAAAAUUGUACAAAGAAAGACCAAACCAGAAAGCUAAGUUUAACUUUCAAGUAAAAGAAAGUAGAACCAGAAGUGGGAAGUCACGAAUUUCUAUCGAGAGGCCGGUUGAUGACAGAUUUGUUGGAUACAAGCCACCUGAACACCUAUGGCCUGGAAUGCAAAAACGAGUAUGGAAAAACAUGUGCAAGCCCAAAGGUGGUGAACGAGGCAAGGAAUGCUUACAGAAAUUUUACAGUAGUAAGGAAGACUUAAGUGUACACAAAGUGAACAUAGAUGUGAAGAAAGUGAAACAAAAAACAGAUUGAAUGACGGGAAUGCACUAUUCCUACUUUCACUUUAUUGCGGCCAAAUGUUUGAAAAGUUCUCUUUAUGAUUCAAUAAAUAAAGCAUAUACAUCUUGUACACGCA